AUGGAUAAUCCUAACUCGACAGCUCGAAAGCGGAUCAGUACAAACCCACAUGAUCCGUAUUCGCUUACGUACCAGGCGUGCUUCGUCGUACCCUUACUACUCCUCUUUCACUGGCUUCUACUUGUCUUUUACUGGCUUAUUUGUACCCAGCUUCAUGAUUUAACUCCCCUCGGCCAAUCGUCACUCGACAACAGCUCCGUCCUAGCAUGGACUAGACUUCGAUGGGCUUUGUUUGGAAAGCCAGGAAAAGGUGGCAUUUCCGGGCCAGGGCUGAAAAUGGAUCUGAAUGCUAACAUUGGGCUAACCUUCACUCCAAUAGAAUGGGGAAACGAGCAGAAGCACAUUUUGUCUGCCAUCCCUCAGGGCAAAUCCGUGUUCAUCACAGGCUCUGCUGGGACUGCCAAGAAAGAAACCUUUAUUAGCAUCCAAUUGCUCGACUCGAUGGGUACUUCUAGUGGUUUGCCGGAGAAGCUCUUGUAUUUCUUUAAGGAGUUGAAAAAGGAUAGGCUAUUGGGGCUUCCUGCGAAUUCUGUGGAAGGUAACAAGACUGUAGAAUAUUCGAGGGACCACAAAAAGUGGAAGUCAACUGUUGCCUCUAAAAGGGCUCGGAUACCGCCUAAACCAGUGCAAGCCUCGCAGUUGUCUUUGAUUUUAUUGCCCAUCGAUAAAGGAAUGACUCUUGGUGAGCCAAUGAGCUCAAAUCAAGCUAGAGAACUUCCUGAACCAGAUAGUGUAACGGCGGAACUUAUUGCUAUCUAUCAAAUCCCAGAGUUUAGUUAA